UGAGAACCUUAGCUCACAUCAUCAUCCGUAUUUGUAAUGAUUUGCAAUCUGUUCUUCGAGUUGCAAAGGCAAUAUAAUCAUCACUUGCGCUGACGUCUUGGGGGGAUGUUCCACAAUACUGGCCUCAUGUGGGAUAAUGGUUCGCCACGGACGGCUGUCAACAGGCUGCCAAACUUGCAGGAAGCGGAAGAUUAAAUGUGAUAAGCUGCGUCCAGCCUGUACACAAUGUGCUCGAUCCGGCUGGCAGUGCCCGCAGGACGCGGACUCCAUUCAUCGAAUGUUUAUAUAUUGUGACCUGCAGAGAAAAGCGACAGACAAAGGCACUUCAUCGCACACAACCACAUCAAGGAUUUCAUCUUCUAAUGCGAAGCAAAAAAUCUCUACCAUACCUCAGAGGAAGUACCUCGAUCUGGAUUUAAGUAUCCCGAUGGAGGUAGUGCAGCCUCUACAUUGCCGUGCAACCGAAUACUACCUAGCAAACCAUGUCUUGCGACCGUCCGGAGCGAUCCGGGGCUAUAAUGAAUACCUUUAUACAUUCAGCGCGAAGGUGCUGAGAGAACCGAUGGUUGCCACCAGUCUGAGUGCAGUCGGGCUCGCGGCCUACUCUCACAAGUAUCAAAAUCCCGAAAUCUUGAGCGAAGCAAGAUAUGAAUAUGUCCGAUCCUUACGAUUUCUUAAUUCAGCACUCUCGUCAUCACAAGCAAACGCGGCAACUGAUGCGAUCGUCAUUUCGAUACUGCUUCUCGUCUCUUACGAGUCUCAUACCGCUGAGACCAGGCGAACUAUUCCAAACCGCUAUGCGCAUGUGAAAGGCGCAGCGACGCUGUUGUGUCUGCGAGGAGUCGAGUCUAUCUCGUCUUGUCCGAGACGGCAGUUAUUUCAUCACCUGUUCGCAUGUAUCUCGGUACAUUGCAUUAUCUUGUCGGUUACAAUACCGCGUGAUCUAGUCCGACUGCAUGAAAAGGCUUUGGAAUGUGUUGAUACCACGAGCAAUCCUGCAUGGCGGAUGUCGGAGAUGAUCAUCCAGGUGACCGAAUUUCGUGCUGACAUACGAUCGGGAAGGCUACGAGAACCACAGAGCAUACUCAUCGCCGCGCAAGCACUUGAUAGUGAGCUGGCUUCAUUAGCGGACACCUUUCCGUCCUCUUGGCAAUUUGAGAAUUUUGAGCUGCUAGAGAGGUCAGAGUUGGUCUUUGGGAAGAGCUUCCAUGUCUACCCAGACCUAUGGAUCGCUUACAACUGGAAUAACCUUCGAGCAUGCCGGAUGAUUCUGCUUGAUGAGAUUCGCCAACAAUUCGAGAAAAUUACGGUAUCUGCACAGCCCUGCAUGAUGGCUGAUCCGAUACAGCAUCAGCGAACCUUGAAGAAGCUGUAUCAACUGAGCUCGGACAUAUGCGCAACAGCCCCACAGCACUGUGGCUAUCACUUGGAGUUGCUUAAUUGCAGCGGCUCACAAGGGAUCUCAAACCCAUUCAAGCGUCUUAGGCAUAAUGAUCCAAGUAUUCCAGGAGAUGCCGGUGCACACCUACUUUUUUGGCCCUUCAUAAAUGCCGGGCAGUUCACUCCAUCUCAACAUCAACGAAACUGGAUCGCUGGUCGCAUUCCUUCCGUGGGUCAGCAGGGGGCUCUAAUUGCCGAUAUUUUGAAGUUGGGACAGCGACUGUUCUGAUGUGGUGGAAGAGGCUACACAAAGGACUUUUAAUUUGAGUAGACUGGAGAAUGAAAAUUGCAUGCAAUUCAG